AUGACCAUCACCUAUACAGCACGGGUUGCGAAUGUCCGCUUCUGCAGCUUCUCCAAGCUGCUGGUGCUGUGGAAAGGAAGCAUCUACAAACUCCUCUAUAAGGAAUUCCUGGUCUUCUCAUUCAUGUACGCCGUCCUCAGUAUCGCUUACAGGUUUUUGCUUCUGGAAGAGCAGAAGAGGUAUUUCGAGAAGCUGGCUUUGUACUGCAACCACUACGCCAACCUGAUCCCCAUGGCCUUCGUGCUGGGGUUUUACGUGACUCUGGUGGUGAACCGCUGGUGGAACCAGUACACGAGUAUCCCGCUGCCCGAUCGCCUUAUGUGUGUCAUCUCCGGAAACGUGCACGGCGCUGAUGAGCGGGGCCGCCUGCUGCGCCGGACCAUGAUGAGGUACGCCAGCCUCUCGGCGCUCCUCAUCCUGCGCUCGGUCAGCACGGCCGUCAUCAAGCGGUUCCCCACCAUGGACCACGUGGUGGAAGCAGGGUUUAUGACCAAAGAGGAGCGCAAGAAAUACGAGAGCCUUCACUCGCCCUACAACAAGUACUGGAUUCCGUGUGUGUGGUUCACUAACCUGGCCGCCAAGGGACGCAAGGAGGGACGGAUAAAGGACGACAGCGCUUUCAAGCUGUUGAUGGAGGAGCUCAACACCUUUCGGGCAAAGUGCAGCCUUCUGUUCCACUAUGACUGGAUUAGCAUCCCCCUGGUGUACACACAGGUUGUCACUAUAGCUGUGUACAGCUUCUUCCUGACCUGUCUGAUAGGUCGGCAGUUUCUUGACCCUGCCCAGGGAUAUGCAGGACAUGACAUCGACUUGUACAUUCCUGUCUUCACCCUGCUACAAUUUUUCUUCUACGCUGGUUGGUUAAAGGUGGCUGAACAACUAAUAAACCCCUUUGGAGAAGAUGAUGAUGAUUUUGAAACAAACCAUUUGAUUGAUCGCAACUUUCAGGUGUCGAUGAUGGCGGUCGAUGACAUGUAUCAGGAUCUGCCUCUUAUGGAAAAGGACCGAUAUUGGAAUGAGUCCAAUCCUCGGCCCCCGUACACCGCCGCCACCGUCUUUGUGCUGCAGAAGCCCUCCUUCCAGGGCUCCACCUUCGACAUGACGAUUUCCAAGGAUGACAUGCACUUCCAGCCGAUGGAAGAGAUCGAGGAGAACAGGGAAGAGGGGGGCAGCCAGCAUGCACCCCUCUUCAGCCGCCUGUUACCCAGCGCCCCGUCUCCAGCCAGCAAUGCGCCGCGUUCUGCUCGCCACUUCCAGCUGCUGAAACGCAGGAACAGCGUCUCCUCCGACGCCUCCAUGUACAGCUGCCUGUGCCAGGACACCCAGACCACGGCCUGUUCCUGUGGCACCGACUCGGAGCAUAAGCCGCUAGCCCAGCUGCACUUCCUCUCGGAGGACGCCUGGCGGGGCGGGGAAGUGUCAGCAGCCAACUGCCCUCAGGUCGGCGAGAGAAAGAGCGAGGAUCUGGGUACUGGCGGGCCCGGAACUCAGAGCAGAAGUGAGUGCGCUCCUCCCCUUGCCGAGGAAGACCAGCUCAGUGUUUCUGCUCCGAUCCCAGCCCAGGAAGGCUUGGCCCACAGAGGGGACCUGAUAUCCUCCUACGAUGUUCCUGCCAGCGCGGAGGGACCGCUGGAGAAGCGGGACUGCAGAUUCCUGUGCCCUCCAGGGAGGGCGCCUCUGCACAACUGUCCAGUCAGGGAAACCAGCCCCCCACCCUUCUGGGAACCGACGACGUCCGUUCUCGGUAACGUCUCAUCUGUAGAGGGGAGCCGCACCCACCGCGGAAGCCGGGCUCUCCAGCAGCUUAUUGACGCGCCGUUACUCUCCCUUUCCCCCGCUGAAGAGGAGCCGGGAGAAAAGACCGAAUGGCCGAGAGUGGUCAAGCGCUCUCUGCGAGGCGACGAUGUCCAAGAAAAGAGGAGCCGCCCGCAAGUGUCCGAGUCGCUGCAAGUGACUGGGGGGGACGCCGAGUCCGGAACAGCGUCCGAGCUGUGAAGCGAAAGGUAUCCGGACCGUGCAGACCUCGUCUCUAAUGGCUGCCCGUUAGACUUGAGCGUUCAGGUGCUGAAAACGGCACACCUGGUUUAUUUUGUACAAAGGUUCAGAACUCAGCGGGUCAGACAGCAUCCGUGGAUGCUUGUUCUGAGGAAGCUCCCGCCCCCGACCCCGACCUGAGAGGUUCCGACAUCUUCGGUGUUGUUUCAGAUUUCCAGCCCCUGCAGUUUUUUCACUUUCACGUUAAAAAUUCAUGGUUUUAGAAGGUCUGUGCGAAUAUUAACGCCUGACUGGUGCAUGUUUUGACGGAGGACAAUGUUGGACCAGCUGUCGGGGCUCAUUAAAGAGCUGAAAGCUCUUUGUGAGGUCCUGCGCGGCCCCAUGAACCCUCUCCGAUGACCACCUGCUUCACUCCUUUUCUCGGCUUUAGACUCCGGGUGGGACUCCUCCUGUCCAGUCAGGGCCCAGCACAGAUCAGGGUGCAAAUUCAGAUAGUUAGUCAUACAAUCAGAGAACACGACACCAUCUAGUCCAUGCCGAUAGCUCUGGACACCAGCGAGUGUCACGGCCCAGAGGGGUUUCGAUGAAAAGAACAGGUGUGUACGUGAGCAAAACAUCUUCCCAAAUCACCGAUUCCUGCUGGAAAUGAACCUGAAAGCCUUCACAGACCGAAUCCCUUUGAAACAACUGGAUCUGUUCAUCCUGUACUGCUGUUUGAUUUAUGGUGUUACAGCAGUCGGGAUCACGGAACUACGGGAUGUGUACUCUGAGCAAAGGGCGCACCCAAGAGCCGAAACAAACCGCAAAGGAAAAGACAAAUUGCGUACAUGUUGGGAAAAGGCCACAUUAUCUGUAAAUAAUAAAAGUACACUUGACAAUCACUGCAUUAACAGUGGAUAUUAUUCUCUGUACUCAAAAAUAUGAAGUUGAGUAUUCAGAUUAUCGAUCUUCUUCAAGACCUGAGGUGGCGGGGUCAAUUCCGGUGCGGUUUAUUCCCAUCUAGGGGAGCAAUCUCUUCAGCCGCGUUCCCUUGUCCUCAUAGAAAUUAUUCUGUCUUGCACAUUCCCAUAAACUCCUCUUCGAUUUUCCCCCGUUAGCUCCCGGGCAGCUGAGGGUUGUGUUUUCACGUGGUUCUGUCCUGGUGCGGUGAUCUCACCGUCAGACUGAACAACCCCAGGCAAAGGAUUUAACCAUGCAGGUUAAUUGACGACAGAGCAGUCACUGAUCUUCCAUAGUUGAUACAGGCCGUGGCUACCGUACGGCUCUUAGAAUGAGUAAAUUAAUUAGCUUCCUCGUGUUGCAAUGGAAAUGUAUGUUCCGUAGCUCCCAACAAUUGGCGUUCCAGUGCUCGAGGCCAAAAUCAAAAUGUGUUAAAACUGCUGAAAUACCUGAAGGAACGCUGCACAGCAGAACCAGUUCUGCUGUCAAUGAUGUCUGUGCUCUGGGGAAUAAAGUAUCAGUGGGGUGGCGAAUUCGAUGCCAUAAGAUCACGGCUCUAAAGGAGAACGUCAUGCAUUUUUUGCCAAAUGCAAUUCUAUGUGUGAUAGGCUUUCCAUUGCCUGUUGUAUCUGACUCUAGCUG